UUUUGUGUUUGUGAACUUUGGAACUUUGGUCAGAACAAACAUGGCGUCCGUCAGCAGAACAACGAGGCUCGUCUUCUCCUUCUUCUUCAUCACGUGUAUCCCAGCAUGCACUGGGACUCCAGGAGGAGAAAUCUUUUUGGACAAACCCGACGCUAGCGUGUUCCUGCGGCGCAGCCGGCGCGCUAACUUCAUGCUGGAGGAGCUGAGGCAGGGGAACCUGGAGCGGGAAUGUUACGAGGAGAAAUGUUCGUACGAGGAGGCCAAGGAGAUCUUCGCGCUGCCGCAGCAGCUGGAGAACUUCUGGAGGACGUACACCGGUGUGGAUAGCUGCUCGUCGUCGCCGUGUAAGAACGGCGCUACGUGUACGCGCCACGUGGACAGCUACAUCUGCAAAUGUCCCCCCGGUUUCCACGGACACAACUGUGACAAAGUUCGCUCCAGCUCCAACGGCUGCCGCUACAGGAACGGCGGGUGUGAACAUUUCUGCCGGGACCGACCGAGGACUGAGAGGACGGGGACCAACGCCGGGGUCUGUUUCUGCGCUCCGGGGUACGGACUGGACCGGGACAACAGCAGCUGCCUGCCCCGAGAGGCCGUCGUGUGCGGGAGAACGCUGAUGCAUUUUGCCCCGAGAGUCGUUAACGGGCAGAUCUGCCCCAAAGGACACUGUCCCUGGCAGGCUCUGCUGACCGAACACAACGUGUUCACCUGCGGCGCCAUCGUCCUGUCGGAGGACUGGGUGCUAACGGCGGCGCACUGUGUCUGGCUGAAGCCCAUCGCCAUCUUCCACGUUACCGUAGGUAAACACGACCUGAAGGAGACGGAGAAGACGGAGCAGCGGCGGCGCGUCCUGCAGGUCAUCGUCCACGACGACUACAACCACUCCACCUCUGACUGCGACCUAGCGCUGCUGCGGCUGCACCGCCCCGUCAAGCUAGGCCGCUACGUGGUGCCCAUCUGCCUGCCGGCGCGCAACAGCACCUUCAUCCGGACGCUGGCCACCGUGCGCCACUCUAUGGUGUCGGGCUGGGGCCGCCUGGUGCAGUUCGGGGCCCCGGCGCGGUUCCUGCAGCGCCUGGUGCUGCCGCGGGUGCCGCUGCAGGAGUGCCGCCUGCACACCAAGCUCAACAUCACCACCAACAUGAUGUGCGCCGGCAAGCGCAGCGGCGGCGAGGACGCCUGCGAGGGCGACAGCGGCGGCCCGCUGGUCACGCGCUACAAGAAGACCUGGUUCCUGACGGGGGUGGUGAGCUGGGGCAAGGGCUGCGCUAACGAGAACAGCUACGGGGUCUACGCCAAAGUAGGCAACUUCCUGGACUGGAUCGGGAGCACCAUGGCCACCGGCUGAAACCGGUGUCAACCAAAUGUCAACAAUCGAAUCCGAUUCUUAAGAUUCCAAAUCGAUUAUCACCAUUUGAAUCGAUUCGAUAUUGAUUUGUGUUAUUAAAAAUGUUUUUUGAGCUGUUGCCUGAAUUACAUGACUGUAAAAUAACAUAAUUAUUGUGAAAUAAAAAGUCAAAAUGUCGAGAAAAAA